GCACCACCAGCGCGGGCGAGCAGUGAAUUCAUCGCACCCUUUGCACAGCCGCCUCCACCAGCCACUCAUUCUGCCUGAAGUGCACGAAUCGCGCGCAGUGCCCCGUGCUUUCCACCUCCCGCCGCCGCCAGGGAGAUCCCAAAGAGCUUGGCCCGUGUCCUCCUCCUCGUCCGCGCUCCAAGGAUAGCACAGCACCACCACGCCCGGCGCGACUCAACCACAUGGAUACGUCAAGGGGCCGGAGCCCUUCAGCGGGCUCCCAUAUAAGACGCCCGUCCGCCUCCCCUCAUGCGCCAUACCACAACGCCUCCGGCCUCGGCCUCGAUCAAUCGCUGUCGCCCGACCCGACCACGACCAGCUUCACCCAGGCGACGACGGCGGGGCAGAGCUUCGACGCCGCGCAGUUCCUGACCACCACCCAGUCGCCGCAGUUCCCGCCGCCGACCGCCCUCGCCGACCAGACCUACCUGCAGACGAGCCAGGGCCUAUCGCAACGCCGCUCCCCGAGUCCGCAGUUCGGCCCGCAAGGCAACACCCUCGCGCCAGACCCGCUCGACAUCGGCAGCAACGGCAGCAACGUGGGCUACAGCAGCUACUACUCCGACAGCGGCCUCAACCAGAGCCAGGCCAUCGAUCCGUCGUUUCUCAGCAACACCCUGGACCCGCAGCUGCUCGACUCUCAGCCGCAGAACCAGUCGGUCAACCCCUCCGACCUCAUGAACCAGAUGGCGACCGCGCACCCGCAUUCACCCACCCCGCCGCACCUCCUGCCCGGCAUGAACCAGCAGAGCCCGAGCCCUCAUGCGUCGCCGAACAUGAGCCAGGGCGCAUUCCCCUCCCCCUCGCACUCGCGCCAUGCUUCCCUCGAUCCAAGCGCCGCAUACGGGCAAGGAAACGAGUGGGCGAACAUGGCACCCUUUCGCGGACAUCGACGCGCGCCGUCAGAGACCUACUCCGACGUGUCCUCGGCGCAUGCGUCGCCCUACAUGGGCAACCACGACAGCUUCGACCACGAUAACCCUUCACCCCUGCUGAAUGCUCAGCAAGACCCGUCUCUCUUCCAGGAGGUCAUGGGCAUCGGCCAAUUCAACCUGAACGAUAACCAAUCCCACAUCAGCCCCGGCCACAGCCCUCACAUCUCGCCGCGACUGCUUCCGCAACAGCAAGCGCUGCCGCAGUUCCAACCAGGUAGCUUCGGGUUGGACCCCAACUUCAACAAUCAGUUCGGACAGCAGGGCAUGGGCGCGUAUCAGGGCCAGGGCCAAGAGCCUUUCCCGUCCAUCAACCAAGGGCCCGGGCCAGAGUUUGGCCAGGCCGACACCAUGUCCCCGCCUGAGAUCAAUAUUGACUUUGCGCCGCCCUCGCGGCAAGCGAGCUUUGAUCCGCCGAAGCCUGAACACCAGACUGAUGCCCUUAGUCCUCCAGAUCGAUCUCGCAGCCGGAACCGGAUACGCGCCAAGUCCGAUCCGUUUAGCAGCGCUAGCUCUCGCGCCUCUACGCCUGGUCUGGACGUCAUGGAAGCCAACCGUUCACUAUCUCCCGGUGCCGCAAAGUCUCGCUCGCCAUCGCCCUCUACCAAGUCAUCCCGUCGUUCCUCCACUUCAAGCGUGCCCCAUCGCGAUUACAUCCUCGACCUCGCAGAUCCAUCAAGGCCCACCAACCAGUCAGGCGAUGGCUCGAAUGCGAAGCGCACGCAAAAGCAUCCUGCGACAUUCCAGUGUACUCUCUGCCCGAAGCGCUUCACUCGCGCCUACAAUCUCCGGUCUCAUCUGCGCACGCAUACAGACGAGCGUCCGUUCGUGUGCAGUGUGUGCGGCAAAGCAUUUGCGCGCCAGCAUGAUCGUAAGCGGCAUGAAGGCCUUCACUCGGGAGAGAAGAAGUUCAUCUGCCGUGGCGUGCUCAAAGAUGCGAACAAUUGGGGUUGCGGCAGGCGGUUUGCUCGUGCCGAUGCUCUAGGGCGUCACUUCCGGUCAGAAGCUGGCCGAGUUUGCAUUCGACCGCUCCUCGAAGAGGAGGCACAGGAGAAAGGCGCCUGGGACGGUCAGAGCCAACAGAUGGACAAUGGUAACGGAAUGUUCGCGCCAAUGCCUCAACAAAACUUUGGCGGCAUGAUGGCUCCACAACAAGGCUUCGAGGCAUUCCCUCCUGUAACUGGCAGUAUGGAGCAUGCAGCACCACCGCAAUACGGUCUUCCUGCAGCCCUUCUCGCUCAAUAUCCUGCAUUGGCAGGCAUUCAGUGGGAUCAGCUACCCGCCGGCCAACCGGAAGAGGUGGAAGGCGACAUCAGUGGUCGGAGCAGUUUUGACGCAAGCAGUGGAGGUGAGCUCUUCGACGAUGAAGGCGACUACCCAGCACAACAGGCCGUCUAUGGCGGAGGCUGGGCGAGUGAUUAUGAGGCUAACGCGAGGUAAAGCGUACUAGGUUUUCUUCUCUCUUAUUGUCUUCGCUUCUUUCUAUUAACUUUCCGCCUUUUCCAUUCGAUACACCCGAUAUUUCGAUUUCGACUUUCUACGUCUACGACUCAUUUCACGAUAACGGAACGGCCAUUUUGCACUCUUUUUCGUUCUUCUUUGGGAUACCACUGUCAUUGCUGCCAUGAUAUAUCAUGCCUUGCUCUUUUUCUUCGAAGGGUUACUAUACCCCGGCUAAAGAAGGAACGGAAUGGGGAUUUGAACUGGAUUGGUGUUUCAUAUCCACAUAUUUCCAACGCGCGGGUUUUUGCUUGGCAA